UCUUUUUAUGCGCCCUCCUCUCCUGUUUGUCUGUCCGACGUUGCGAUUGGAGUGCGUUCAGACCAUUUUCUCUUCCCAUCUCCAUACAUGCGCCACGCCUCCACCCAGAAUUCCCAAUUCCACGGCCUCCGGGCCUCCUGCCGCCGAAGCAAGCUCGCCGCCUCGACGGAAUUCUUCUGCCCCCUUCCACCGGGCCGGCGUGGAGCCGAGAUCCGCCCCCGCUGAUUCAUUCUUCUGGUCUGGUUAGAGAUUCCAUCGCUCCAUCAACGAAACGAAGGACACAUAAAAGAACAAAGGUGCCUGUGGCGAAAGGACAGGACAGGCAGUGGUGAAGUACUCCCCACUUGUGCCUCUCUGCAUUGCACUGGGCAGGGGUAAGACCUACCUCUUAUAAUCCCUCUCCGGACCCCACCUGGUGUGGGAACUUCUAGCACUGGGUCUGUCCUUUUUUUUGGUUGAUUGAAAAGUGCUAACCUGGUGAAAGGAAGAAGGGACUAGAGGCGAGGAAAUAAUAAUGGGAAAGGGAGAUGUGGCCACUAGGUCCAAAUCCCAGAAAUCGUCGACAUCACAGAAUGAACAGAGUACACCUACUAAUCCUCCUACAGCAUAUCCUGACUGGUCCCAGUUUCAGGCAUACUAUAAUGUCCCUGGUACGGCUCAAAUGACCCCGCCGGCUUAUUUUCAUUCAACGGUGGCUCCAAGUCCUCAGGGGCAUCCAUAUAUGUGGGGUCCACAGAUGAUGCCUCCUUACGGGACACCGCCACCAUAUGCAACGAUGUAUGCUCAAGGCACACCAUAUCAGCAGGCACCUAUGCCACCGGGCUCACACCCAUACAGCCCAUAUCCUGUUCAAGCACCAAAUGGGACAGUUCAAACUCCUACACCUGGUGCUGGAGGGUCAGAGACAGAUAAGUCAAACAAAAAUAAGCGGAAGACUCCCCUGAAGAGAUCCAAAGGAAGCUUAGGUAGUCUGGAUGUAGUUACAGUAAAAGAUAAAACGCCACCUGCAAAACCUUUAGUGUCAUCCUCCAAUGAAGGUUCUUCACAAAGCGAGAGUGGAAGUGGAAGUUAUUCUGGAGGAAGCAGUACAAAUUCUAAAAGUGGUUCACACACAAAGGAUGGUUCUGAGCAGGGCCCAACUAAUGAUGCUAGCAAUAAAGGAGUCACUGCUCAGGGCACGGCAGUUGAGCCCACACAAGUAUCUUCUGGGCCAGUUGUGCUUAACCCUAUGAUGCCAUAUUGGCCUGUUCCCCCUCCCAUGCCUGGCCAAGCAACUGGUGUAAACAUGGGAAUGGAUUACUGGGGUGCUCCUACUUCUGUACCUAUGCAUGGCAAAGCUGUCGCUGCACCGACAUCAGCUCCUUCAUCAAAUUCUCGUGAUAUCGUUCUCAGUGAUCCGGUCAUACAGGAUGAACGAGAAGUGAAGAAACAAAAACGGAAGCAAUCAAACAGGGAAUCAGCUCGUCGCUCUAGAUUGCGCAAGCAGGCUGAAUGGGAGGAAGUAGCCAGUCGAGCUGAUUUGCUGAAGCAGGAGAACAGUUCACUUAAGGAAGAAUUGAAACAACUUCAGGAGAAGUGUGAUAACUUGACCUCAGAAAAUACAUCUUUACAUGAAAAGCUUAAAGCGCUUGAUAGUGAGAAACCAAAUGGAAACUUGUGAAGCAGGGCCUCGCUUUCUGACUGCUGAUAUAAAUUGGAGGUGACAUGAUAGGCCGGAGAUAAUUAGGAGGUGUUCAUGUGUGCAAUUAGAUUUUUGGCUGAGAUGGUAGGAUUGUAUCAUAGGAUUCAACAUGAUGGCUACAGAUUCUUCUUCUUCCAGUCGUGGCAGCUGCGGUGCUCUAUGGUGUGUUUUUUUUCCUGCUUUUGUGUGAGAUGCUACCUUAGCAGUAUGCAAAGAUCCCCAAGUUAUAUUUGAGACUUUGCGGGAUUAGCUUAUAAGAUGCUUGUUGUAGAGCUGCUGGUUGACCUGAACUGAUGCUUUGCUAUAGCGAUGAUUUAUAACAUUCAGAGUUACUUACCAAUGUGUAUACUGCACUGAGUGAUAAGUGGUAUUGAAGGAAUUAUGCACUCCUGCUUGCA